AGCCCACCCACAGCCAUGGCAGCCCUGGCGGCUGGCAUCUCCAAGCAGCGGGCAGCAGCUGAAGGGCUCGGCACCAACCAGAAAGCCGUGAAAUACUUGGGUCAGGACUUCGAGGCUCUGAGACAGCAAUGCUUGGACUCAGGGGUCUUAUUUAAGGACCCCGAGUUCCCAGCAUGCCCAUCAGCCUUGGGCUACAAGGAUCUUGGACCAGGCUCCCCGCAAACGCAAGGCAUUGUCUGGAAGCGGCCCACGGAAUUGUGUCCCAGCCCUCAGUUUAUCGUUGGUGGAGCCACGCGCACAGACAUUUGUCAGGGGGGUCUAGGUGACUGCUGGCUCCUGGCGGCCAUUGCCUCCCUCACCUUGAAUGAAGAGCUACUUUACCGGGUGGUCCCCAGGGACCAGAAUUUCCAGAAGAGCUAUGCGGGAAUCUUUCAUUUUCAGUUCUGGCAGUACGGAGAGUGGGUGGAGGUGGUCGUGGACGACAGGCUGCCCACCAAGAAUGGGGAGCUGCUUUUCCUGCACUCCGAAGAGGGCAGUGAAUUCUGGAGCGCCCUGUUGGAGAAGGCCUACGCCAAGCUCAACGGUUCUUAUGAGGCCCUCACUGGAGGGUCCACAGUGGAGGGGUUUGAGGAUUUCACGGGCGGCAUCUCUGAGUUCUAUGACCUGAAGAAACCUCCAGCCCAUCUGUAUCAGAUCAUCAGGAAGGCCCUCCGUGCGGGGUCGCUGCUGGCCUGCUCCAUUGAUGUCUCCAGUGCAGCCGAAACAGAAGCCAUCACCAGACAGAAGCUGGUUAAGAGUCACGCAUACUCUGUCACUGGAAUCGAGGAGGUGGAGCUCCGUGGCUGUCCAGAGAAGCUGAUCAGACUCAGGAAUCCAUGGGGCAAAGUGGAGUGGACGGGAGCCUGGAGUGACGACGCCCUGGAGUGGAAUUACAUAGAUCCCAGGCAGAGAGAAGAGCUGGACAAGAAAGCCGAGGAUGGCGAGUUUUGGAUGUCUUUUUCGGAUUUCUUGAGGCAGUUCUCUCGGCUGGAGAUCUGCAACCUGUCCCCGGACUCCCUGAGCAGCGAGGAGGUGCACAAAUGGAACCUGGUCCUGUUCAAUGGCCGCUGGACGCGGGGCUCCACUGCUGGCGGCUGCCAGAACUACCCAGCCACUUACUGGACCAAUCCCCAGUUCAAAAUCCAUUUGACCGAAGUGGACGACCACCAGGAGGAAGGCGUCGGUGAACCCUGCUGUACGGUGCUGCUGGGUCUGAUGCAGAAGAAUCGCAGACGACAGAAAAGGAUCGGACAGGUUUUGCUGAGCAUUGGCUUUGCCAUCUACAAGGUCCCCAAAGAGCUGGAGAGUCACACAGACGUGCACCUGGGCCAGCACUUCUUCCUGGGCCACCAGCCAUCAGCCCGCUCCAGCAUCUAUGUCAACCAGCGGGAGGUCUCAGCCCGGGUCCGGCUCCCCGCCGGGGAGUACGUGGUGGUGCCCUCCACCUUCGAGCCCUUCCAGGAUGGAGACUUCUGCCUGAGGGUGUUCUCGGAGAAGAAGGCCCGGGCCCUGGAAAUUGGGGACGUGGUCACUGGAAAGCCACAUGAGCCACAUCCCAGCGACGGGGAUGAAGAAGACAUCCAGUUCCAGAGCCUGUUGAAGCUUGCAGGGGAGGAUUCUGAGAUCAGUGCCAAUGAACUCAAGACGAUUCUGAAUGAGGAGUUUUCCAAACGAACAGACAUAAAAUUCGAUGGAUUCCACAUCAACACUUGCAGGGAGAUGAUCAGCCUGAUGGAUAGCGACGGGACAGGCACCUUGGGACACGUGGAAUUCAAGUUGCUGUGGUUGAAGAUUCGGAAGUACCUGGAGAUCUAUCUGGAAACGGAUUAUAACCACUCGGGAACUAUCGAUGCCCAUGAGAUGAGGACAGCCCUCAAGAAGGCAGGAUUCGUGCUCAGCAACCAGGUACAGCAGACCAUCGCCACACGGUACGCUUGCAGCAAACUCAGCGUCGACUUUGAUGGCUUUGUUGCUUGUAUGGUCCGCCUGGAGACCCUUUUCAAACUGUUCAAGCUUCUGGACAAGGACCAGAAUGGCGUUGUCCAGCUCUCCCUGGCUGAGUGGCUGUGCUGUGUGUUGGUCUGACCCAGGAUUCUGGACAUCGGCAAUGCUUCCCGACAGCCUGCCUACCUCUUUUCUCCCCUUCUUUACAAUUUUGUGGACGUGUAUCCUCAAAUGGCAUUUAUUGGUCAUUCAUCUCUUCCUUGCCUGUCAUUGUUCCCUGUGAUCCUGGCCUGUCCCGCUGGAGCAGUCAGGGAACCCAGGGUCUCUUUCAGCAGCAUUGAAGCUGAGCCCGGGGCCCGGUAGAGGGACAGAAAUCAAUUAAACGUGUGAGCCCAAAUGGUUUCCGCUUUUCUCUUGUGAUAUGCAAUCUGGGAGUGCCUUGGGCUUUUCAUACUUUAGGAAAAGAACAUGUUCUUGGGACAUUACUUGGCUCACAGCUGCUGAAAGAUGGGGAAUGUGGGUGAAUUUCUUGGAGGAGAGGCUUCCUACAGAUGGAGUUGCUUCCAGGGCCCAUCUUCUGGAAAGGAGCUGGCUCCAGCCCUCCCGAGGGUGGGCUGCUGGGAGAACAGGCCUCUCUUUCUCGCUUUCAGGUGGGAAAAGUACUGUAUUACGCGCAUCAGUGUCUCCCGAGUCUAAAGGAAAAUGCUGUCUGAGGGGAAUUCUUACCUGACAAAUAACUAGAGGGGAAAUGCAAUUUAGGGAGAGUUCCAUUCAUCAGACGGUGGCGAAGGAGAUGUAUUUGUUUCACCAGCCUGUGGGGCGCAGAGGAAAAGGAGUCCUUCCUUGUCCAGUCAGGGCUACGAGGGAGCUUUCAUUGGCAGGACUCAGCAGAUUAAGGCAACGGGCAGUGUCGCUUUUUGGUGUGGCCUCGCCAUUGCCUCUGGAAGUGGCUGCAUCUCAGGAGAAUGGGUCCCUCAUGAAAUCCAUGCUCCUCUGUGUGGAUUUCGCAGAAUUUCCCCCCGCCAGCUGCACUUGUCCUGUCAGAGAUACAGAGGACAAACUGAUGAGUGCCAGAGAUGAGGAAGUGGAGGCACAAACUGGCAGGAAGAUGACAUUCCAGGAAAUCGAUAGAAAUGUGCUCAAAGGUUAACGCCAGAGGCCCGUGAUGACGCCAAGCCCAGGGAGGGGACUGUCAAACUUCCUCUGCAGGAGACAUUGCCAAUUCAAGUGAGAGCGCCACAGGGAUCAGAAGGACCGUGAAAGCGGGUAGCUGGUGUUUGGCUAAGGCAUGGUGACCCAGGGACACUCGUCUGUGCCAGGAGCCCAGGAGCUUUGGGGCAGAAGAGCUCAUCCCUAUGAACGGUGACUUCCCUGAGGACACACUUCUGGGAUGGUCCACGGGGGCUGUUAUUCUAUAAUCUGCGCAGAAGCUUGGCAGCAUCACUGGGACAUGGGCGGGCCCUGUCCAGGCUCUCCCAGGGUUCCAGUGGGUCUGAAGCUGGACAGGAGUAGAAGCUCAACGUUGGGGGACCGGAGAAGACGGUGACCACAUGCCCCCCGCCAGUCUGGCCAUCUCUACAGCCCUGGGCCGGAAGAGUGGAGGGAGGGGCCUCCAGCAUGAAUCAAUAUGGAGUCGUGACUAUUCCUCCGGGCUGGCGUUUUGAUUAUUAAGCCAAGACUUGUGAGUACUGGAGAACUGUUUGAAUUACUCAAGAAUGAUCAGAGAGCCGUGGGAACUGCCACGUUUUCACCCAGGCGUAGGGGAAGAUGGGCUUCUGGGAAUGCAUUUUUUAAAAAUUAGGAG